UUCUGUUGAGUCAGCAGUGAGUAGGGCCACUUGCAAUACUUGAGUUGUGACGGAACGAGAUCAGUACAAUAGCUAAGAUGGCAGGUAGGCGAGUCGUGGUGACGAAGGAGGUGUACGUGGAGCCGCGUGGACGAAGGCUUGGUGGACUAAUAGGAGCGGCUGCUCGAGGCAUUGGAGCUGUUGUGCAGGACACUGCUCGAGCUGUGGGCAACUUGUCGAUUUCGGUCAAAAUUUCGGGGUAUUUUCAGCAGGGAAACAUUAUUCAGUUUUAUGGAAAGACUAGUGGCACUGCUCUUCGAGUUGUUGAUCAUAGUGGUCGUGUUGAUGGUCAUGGAGGUGCAGGACUUAAAGCUCAAUUUCAAGUUCAUCAGCGUGGCCCUGGCAUUUAUGCUUUCCAGAAUAUGAAGUUUCCUCAGUACUACCUGGCUAUCAAGAACGGACAAUUGACCACUGGGGGAGGUGGCCCAUUUUGUGAUUUUCGUAUAUUUGAGAAUGACCAGCAUUACAUCAUUGCUGAGUCAGUGAAACAUCCUUCUCAGCACAUGGGAGUUCUUCCAGGAGGACAUUUAAAGCCACCUCAUGAGACUGGAAGAGGAGACCAUGGCCAGUUUUCUGUUGUUCUCAUUUAUGAUGGAUGUGGCACCACUACAUAUUAUGAGUCUCCCCCAAUCAUGAUUCAAAGUGUCUAUCAACCUCCUCCAGUUAUUGGUCCUUCACCAGUUCGUGUUCACACUGAAGUACACUCUGCUGUCACUCUGCCAGCUCCAUCUUCUGCAGUAAUUGGUCAUUUCAGCCAAGGUGCAAUCAUUCAACUCUAUGCCAAAACAUAUGGUCGAGCCUUGAGAAUUAGAGAUGGUAGAGUUGACGCUUUUGGGGGUCACGGCCAAAAAGCUCAGUUUAUUGUCCAUGAGCGUGGGCAUGGCAUUGUUGCUCUACAGAAUGUGAAGAACCCUGCAUCGUGGUUGGCUAUCAGAAAUGGAGAGCUUACUACAGGUGGUGGUGGGAAGUUUUGUGAUCUGAGAGUUAUUGAACAUUCGAACUACUACGUUACCCUGGAGAGUGUUUGUCAUCCUAAUCAGCAUGUUGGUGUUUUGCCGACUGGCCAGACCAAGCCUCCAGCCAAUACAGGGCGAGGAGAUCACAGCCAGUUUGUGGUUCGUGUUGUGAGAUAUGGUCAUAGCCGUGCUGCUCCUCAAACACAUGUGAUGUCAUACUCAACAACUCAGACAUCUUAUCCUGUUGGCCACCAUCCACCUCCAAGCCAGCCUUACCAACAACAAGUACCCAAGGCGCCCCCAGCAUAUAAUCCUGGCAUGCCUCCUCAGGCUGGUGUCUACCCUCCACAACCAGGUUCUUAUCCUCCCCCACCUGGAGGUUACCAUCCAGGCCAGUAUCCACCUUCUGGAGGUUAUCCUCCUACUGGAUACCCUCCAGCUGGGGCUUACCCUCCUGGUCAGUACCCGCCUGGUCAGUACCCGCCUGGUCAGUACCCUCCUGGUCAGUACCCUCCUGGUCAGUACCCUCCGCCUGGUGGAUAUAGUGAUCUACCACCAAAGUACUGAAGGUGGGCACAAUGUCCAAAUUGUUGAAUUUUUAUUAAUUGAUAUGCUGAUGUUAUGCGCUAGCUGGCAAUUAUCAUACUGUUGACUCUGGAUUGCAGUUGAUAGUUUCAUAGCAAUUGUAUUGCAGUGUGUUAUGUUGUUUCAUAUGCUGUAGGUGGUUUGAUUGUAACCAAUUAGCUUUCAUAUUA